AUGUCCAAACCAUAUAUCUCUCUACUACGGGCAGCUGUCUACCCCUCACCUCUGUUUUCAGAAAGUGUAUCUCCACCCAAGUUGACCCCAGAACAUCAUCAGACACCGUCGUGGCUAUGGAAAUAUACUCGGAGGAUGGGGUAUUUUGCAGCGGGAGCAGCGACGAUAUACACGGUGGACAGGGUCUAUAACGCGUCUUCUUUAACGCGGACACUGAGGACAUUUACAACAAGUGCCUUGAUUACCUGGGAUUACAAGUCCAAUUUCACGCCGGGCAAGAGCGAGCAGAUACCGGAGUUGCACGAACGCGUCGGGCAGCGGGUGUUCGACCUGCUUUCGACCAACGGAGGGUUGUACAUCAAAUUUGGGCAAGCGAUAGCUGCGAACGCAGCGGCGCUCCCAGAGCCGAUCCAGAAGCAGUUCGCCAGCCUGUUCGACGACGCACCGCAGGUUCCCUACUCAACCAUCCACCGUGUAUUUGUAAAUGAGUUGGGGCAGCCUCCGAGCGGGCCCAACGGUGUAUUUGAGGUAUUUGAAGAAAAGGCUGUGGCCAGCGCAAGCAUCGCGCAAGUGCACAAGGCGAAACUCUGGCCCACGCGCGACGAGAGUGGACGUGUAGUAGACGAGGGAAAGUGGGUUGCAGUAAAGGUACAGAAGCCUGACGUGGCAAAGCAAAUGGAGUGGGACAUUGCUGCGUUCCGCUCUGUUAUGUGGAUGUUUGAGCAUUGGGCGUUUGAUCUGCCCGUAUAUUUCGUCGUUGAUUUUAUUGCAGACCAUCUAAGGCAAGAACUGGACUUUGUAAAUGAAGCACGAAACGCGCAGCAGACAGCUGAUUAUAUCGCAAAAGAACCGCUCCUGCGGGAUAAAGUAUACAUCCCUAAAAUCUACGAAGAAUACACGACAAAGAAGGUCAUGGUGGCUGAGUGGAUUGACGGGGUGCGUCUAUCAGAUAGGGAAGGUGUAUAUCGCCUCAUGGGCGAAGCUCUGCCGAAGAAAGCACAGCAUGUACCGGAGGGGACCACACACACCCAUAUCACAGCAGUCGAAAGCUCCGAUUUUUUAACCCCCUCGACAGUAUCGUCGUUCCACUACCCAGCGCACCCCCUCAAAGGCGGCGUCAAAUCUCUCAUCGAAACCCUCACUGAGCUGUUCUCCGCCCAGAUGUUCAAGUUUGGACAGGUGCACUGCGAUCCCCACCCGGGUAACAUCCUCAUACGCCCCUCUCCUACAAACCGCACCCAGCCGCAAGUCGUUCUGCUCGAUCAUGGGCUGUGUGUGCAGCUUCCUGAAGAAUUCAAGAGGGAGUGGGCGGAGCUGUGGCGGGCGAUGCUGGUGGGUGAUUUUAGUGGAGUGAAGAGUGUUGCGGAGCGAUGGGGGUUCGGCCCGUUACCUGAUUUGGUGGCGAGCUUUGUGAUGAUGCGGCCGACGAUUUUGAGGAAGGGGAGAGAGGUCAAGAAGACUGAUUCAGGGGCAGAGAAAACGAGAAAAGACGGAGAAAACGAGGAUAGAGAUAACGAGAAAAAGAGAGAACGGAUGUCAGAGUACGAGCUCAGUCUGAAGAUGAAGCAGAGGCUGAAGGAAUUUUUGGCGGACACGGAUCGGAUGCCCAAAGUCAUUCUGUUUCUGAACAGAAAUAUGCGGAUAAUGCAAGGGAACAACGCGUCAUUCGGCAGUCCCGUCAACGGCGUCAAAAUUACAGGCUACUGGGCUUCGAAGGAGCCCACUCGAAACACUCACCUCACAUUCUCCGAGCGCACGCGGGAGUGGUACAACCACACACGUUUCCAGCUCAGCAUGUUCAGCAUGGACUUCGCCAUUUGGAAGGCAUUGGUCGGGUUCUGGCUGCGCACACUUCCCGCUCGGAUGCACGCUCGGCUGCGUCGUGCUGCGCUGCCGCAGGACGACAACAAGAAGAAAAAGAUGACAAAGGAGGAGAUGGAGGAGGCACUAAGGGAGUUUAUUGUCGACGCCAUGGGCAUUGAUCUGCCGGAUGAACUCCCUGACUUGGACCUGUGA